AUGAUUGCUCGUUGUCAUGCGAAGUGCUGGAUCAUUCAGCUUAAGGAAGAAAACCAGAACCUGCAAUUGUCAACUAAUCAACGAGGAAUUAAAGGACACAUAAUCAUCUAUCCUCAGUGCCCGGAAGGUAUUGCCGCCAUCUUGCCUCCAACAGUUGAUGACAUUGUCACUCCAAUCUGCGUCAUUUUUGUAGGUUCAUGUCCACCAUCUCGAGAAUGGCUUCAAGAAAAAGCCAAACCUUUGAUAGUGCGAAGAGAAAAAGACAUUACCAUUGAUCACACUAUACUGGAUUUGAUGGAAGAGGAGACAUUGAUGCCCUUUCAUGUCAAUCAUAUUCUUCCUGAUGAUGUAUACGAUGCAGACGAAGUGAUGCAAUUGGAAGACUCACUUGAUUCGGAGUCGCAUUCAGUCGAACCUCAGUCUAAUUUUGAGAGUGUGGUGGUUACUGAUGUCGAUGCUGUGGCAGUACGUCAUAUAAAGAACAAGGGUGGUGGAUAUGUCCAAAUCCCCCAUGAUCCUUUUAGAAUGUGUCAUAGUCAAUCAAGCCGGGGAGCUUUGUAA